AUGGCAGCCGGUGAAGCGUCCUUGGUGGCGCUUGGACUCCACUUCUGUAGGAAAAACAAGCUUCUGUCGAAGUCAACCUUGCCUAGUAUUAUCAGCUGUAUUAGAAGAGGUCUUGCCACAAGUGUGCUGUCUCAGACUGUUGAAGAGCCCAGCGCCACGACCUCUCCAAGCAGCAGUUUUGGCGGACCCUUGGAGCAUUACAACAGUCUGAUUCGAGAUGGACAGUUACGAGAAGAUCUGCAGCAAAGGGCUGUUAUGGAAAAACUUGAACAGAUGCAAAAGAAUCUUCGAGGGUACAGCAAUGACCGCUCAUCGUUUUUUUCAAAGUUCAUCUCCCAGAGAAAGCCACCAAAAGGGUAUUACAUAUAUGGAGACGUUGGAACAGGAAAAACUAUGGUUAUGGACAUGUUUUAUAAUUAUGUAGAGACAGAGAAGAAAAAAAGGGUCCAUUUUCAUGGAUUUAUGUUGGAUGUACAUAAACGAAUCCAUCGGCUCAAGCAAAGUUUACCCAAAAGAAAAGCUGGGAAAAUGGCAAAGGCGUACGAUCCUAUUGCUCCGGUUGCAGAAGAAAUCAGUGAGGAAGCCUGCCUUCUGUGUUUUGACGAGUUUCAGGUCACUGACAUCGCAGACGCCAUGAUCCUUAAGCAGCUCUUUGAGAACCUCUUCCUUAAAGGGGUGGUUGUUGUCGCCACGUCCAACCGGCCUCCUGAUGAUCUGUACAAAAACGGAUUGCAGAGGGUGAACUUUGUGCCAUUCAUCGCUGUGCUAAAGGAGUAUUGCCAAACACUACGCUUGGAUUCUGGAAUAGAUUAUCGGAGAAGAAAUUGCCCUGCAGCCGGGAAACUCGUCUACCUUUCCAGUGAACCCAAUGUUGAUGCAACACUCGACAAGCUGUUUGAUGACAUGGCCUUUAAACAGAAUGACAUUACCCGACCCAGAUCUCUAAAGGUAAAUGGAAGGAUACUGACGCUUGACAAAGCAUGUGGGACCAUAGCAGACUGCACCUUUGAGGAGCUGUGUAACCGGCCCAUAGGAGCCAGUGACUACCUGGAGAUGUGUGCUGUGUUUGACACAAUUUUUAUCCGAAACAUUCCUCUGCUUACUUUGAACAAGAAGACGCAGGCCAGACGCUUCAUUACUCUCAUUGACACACUAUAUGAGCACAAGGUUCGUGUGGUGCUUCUAGCAGAAGCUCCAUUAGAUGAGCUGUUUGUUUGGGAACAUCACGACGAUCAUGAUCAUCAUGACACUCAUGUUUUAUUGGAUGAUCUGGGCAUUACAAGGGAUUCAGGCAGCUCUCUGGCGAUCUUCACAGGAGAGGAGGAGGUGUUCGCCUUCCAGAGGACGGUCUCUCGACUCACUGAGAUGCAAACAGAGGAGUACUGGGUUGCAGGAGAGCGCAGCUCUAAGUAGCUUUUAUCAUUACUAACUCCAUAUACAGCUGACAUCUCAACUAUCAUAAGACUCAGCCUCUCGUGAGGUCUUGGGUUCAGCUCCAUUUUGAUUUGGUGAGGACUGUAUUUUAAUCAGAACUGUAUGGUAUAAUGCUGCACUUUAUAAACGCACAUGCAAAAAUGAACGUGACACUUGAAAGAUAGGCAGGUUUUUUUUGGAGGAGUCCGGAUGCAAAUCUGCCAAAGAUGUGUUUAAAAUCAGCCUGCCUUUCUGGUUUAUAAAAUGUUUUAUUGAGAGGUUAUUGAUAUGCUACGUAUUUAAGAUAAAAUUAUUUGAAGUUUAAUUGAUGUCUUUUUUAAAGCUUUCUAUAGUGCUUCUGUUGCAGGUGCUUUAUUCAUUAUUGUUUGCAUUAAUAAGAGACUAUUAGUCUAUUUAGGUCUAAGGAAGGAGACAUGGUAACUUUGCAGAGCCGAGAGAUUCAUUUAUUCAUUGGUGAUACUUGCUAAGUAAAGCUCAUACUUAGAAUUAUGGAUUUAAACAAACCCCAAAUUCGAAGUAUUACUUUUUGGUGUUUAUACCUGAAGCACACAUCGUGCAUGAAUGAUGCCUCAAAUUGUGUGGCUUGAUAAGAAGUGUGCUAUUACUAUCUUUUGUGAUCACUCAUGCCUACUACAGACAGUGUGAUUUCAUUACAAAUCACACUGUACAACAUGGAUCUAAUAAAUAAACUUGGGUACAUAUCGUACCCUGUAUGUAGACUGUA